CAACCAGUCUCCAUGUCUUACAAUCACACCACCGGCGCCGCCUCCUCUGCGGAGGCUUCUCUUAUCGAGUCUGCUGCUAUGCGUAUGCGUGUAGACGGAGUUCUGGAAGCGGCAGAACCGGCGCUUGGACCUAUAGUCCAAAAACUAAAGAGACAGCCAAAUAAUCUGGACACCGCGAUAGGGAAUAUCAUGCCGAUGGCCCUUGAGAUUGUCAUUCAGAGCAUUUCUGAAGAACAGCGCUCCCCCUUCAACCCAACCAAAGAGACUGUUAAGGCACUGAAGGGAUAUAUUGCUUUGUGGUUCAAGCGGAAAGUCUUGCUGGAAGAAAUGAGUUCAGACGCAAAGUAGACGGCCACGGACGCGGCGGCCGGAUGUUGAUUUUGCUCCGCUUUUGUCUUCCUGUUCUUGUUGUCUUUUUUGGUUCAUGUUUCGUUUUCCUUGGUUGGUGUUCUUUCCCGAUGAUGUUUUUCACAUAUUUCUGCACCACGUUGCUUUUACAGCAACCCCCCUUCACUUUGUUUUGAACGGUCAUCAUGGCUGCAAGUGUAUGCCUGAUGGUACAGAACGUAUUCACAGAACACAUACACACGGCAAUCUCUCUCUCUCGCUCCCCUCAAAGUAGAUAGUCGUGACUUUGAAUAGACAAAGUCGAUAAAACAAAAGCGACAGACUCAUGGCCAACAGAUUAUGCGACAUUCAUACUUUCCUGGUGCGUCGCCGAAAUACUGUACAGGGGACACUGCAGUGGACUCCAGCACGGCACGUCGUGCAAAGCACCUUACACUGGACCCGACCUGCACG